AAAUUCAGAAAAUGGUGGAUGGACAUCCGCGCAUGCGUAAACAUUUUACUAUACUCAGACAGAAAGUGAGACAGUAACGAGUGGCGCAUUGUUAAAUGUGUAACGCCUGUAACUCUUGGAUUUCGCUGUGUGGUUUGACUUCAACUGAUCCAAGUCGAGAUGUUUGGCUUUCAUAAGCCAAAGAUGUACCGCAGCCUUGAUGGAUGCUGCAUCUGCAGGGCAAAAUCCUCCAGCUCUCGUUUCACUGACAGCAAACGCUAUGAGAGAGACUUUCAGAGCUGCUUUGGUUUAGGCGAGACUCGCUCUGGUGAAAUCUGCAACGCUUGUGUCCUGCUGGUAAAACGCUGGAAGAAGCUUCCCGUCGGUUCCAAGAAGAACUGGAAUCAUGUGGUUGAUGCACGAGGGGGACCCAGUCUGAAAACUACAGUAAAGUCAAAGAAAGUCAAAUCCCUAUCCAGACGGAUCAGACCGAACCAGAUCAGCAGAGUUCAGAAGGAGCUGAAGAGACACAAUUCAGACGCUCACAGCACCACCUCCAGCGCCAGCCCCGCCCAGUCGCCCAGCUACAGUAACCAAUCAGACGAGGGUUCUGACUCUGAGUUGACUCCUGGCUCCGCCCGCUCUCCAGUCUUUUCCUUCCUGGACCUGACAUACUGGAAGAGGCAGCGGGUAUGUUGUGGCAUCAUCUAUAAAGGUCGCUUCGGGGAGGUUCUGAUCGACCCACAUCUCUACAAGCCCUGCUGUCAGAAAAAACAGGAGCAAGAGCAGGAGGAGGAGGAAGAAGAGGAGGAGGAAGAAGACGAGGACGGAGACCUUGAGAAAGAGGAGGUGCAGAGCAGUCAAGAAAUUCUCUCGUCUAUUCAACCGCUCUCCUCUUCCCAAAUAAAAAUGGAACGGGAAGUGGAUGAGGAGUGGUGAUGCCACAUUCCCAGGGUACUGAAUUGGCAUUCUUAAGAAGCCUUCGAGAGUCAGAGGCGUAGCGUUGCCCCUCAGACACUCUCAAAGACGUUCUCUCGGAUUGCCUUCGAUUCAUGAGCAGCUGGAUCCUUGUUUGUCUUUUCCUGUUUUUUUUCCUCCUUGUUGAGAAUGCGUCUCUUUCAUUUCCUUUGCAGUUGAAGCAACCUUUAUUUAUCAAACUGACUGAAAACCUUCCUUGUUUUUCAGAGCCGGGUACCACGCUAUUCCAGUUCACCCCUUCUUUUUUUGUAGAUCAGGGAAAAUGAGUUUGCUUUUUUUGCUAUCUCACUCAA